GCACGUGCAUGCUUCUUGCAGAAAGCAACGCCUCCCCCCUCCCCAUAUUUUAUUUUUAUUUUUUAUUUUAAAGAGGGGAAAAAAUCCUUUCUGCACCCAGGAAAGUUUUUGCAGUCUUCCUGGUGCUUUUUUUGGUUUGGCUUCUGACAGCUUCGGAGGCUUUAUUUGUUUUUUUUGUGGGGCCUCCUGCUUGUGUAAACUUUAACUUUCCUCUCUCUCUCUCUCCCUCUUUUGCUGAGGGAGAAGCUGCUUGCUUGCCAGCUGGAUUUUUGUUUUGUUUUUAAUCAUCUGGUUAUUUAAGCCCCGAUGCAUUUCCGGCUUAUGCCUACCUUGCCUGAUCCUUUUUUUACCGGGAAGGAUAAUGAAAGCGACUCGUUUCCUCUGUUUUGCAGGCUAGAAAGGCAUUGCUGGGACCCGUUUAAUUAUCCUCAGCGGCUUCCCCGUAAAUUCAUCCCUCUCCCCAAUCCAGGCUGUUCCCUCAGUGCUGUAUCUCUCCUAGCAGGCGCUUUCUUCUAAUCUCAAACAAGGAUUUUACAGAGAGGGAGAGAGAGAGGGGCCCUUGCAUUCUAUCUCUUCUCCUCCUCCCCUGUCCCCAAUUUCUUUUAACCUUCACCCAUGCUUCAUGUAACAGCUUCCUUUGAUUCAACAAGAGCUGGGUCUCUUUACACUACUGCUUAUAGGGAGAAGGGCUGGAAAACGUGAGAGCUUUCCCUCCCCCUCCCUUUCCUGAAGGAGCGGGCCGCAAAAGAUAGGAAGGGAAGGUGAGUUCUGUUCCGUAAGUAAUGACCCCGAAGGACUCAUGAGAAGGGAAGAAGGAGCUCCCCCUUUGACAGACACCCAUCUCACCUGCCUGGCUAUGGAGUGUGUGCAGGUUUCGCCUGUGCAGCCACAAGGCAAAGCCGCUGAGGUGGGGGACCGUGUGCUGCUGCUCCUGCCCGCCCCUGCUGUGCGGAAGGAAGAAGAGACCCUUUUGGGGGGCUCUGCCUCUGACCCCUGGCUUGCUUCCCAACUGAACAGUAGCCAAGACGGCAUGAAGACGUUUCAAGACACUACAGAGUUUUGUUCCAAAAGUACAGAGACCCUUCCCUCCCUCCAGGACCAUCCUUACGUCAAAGAUACUGUAGAGUGUUGUACCUCGUGUUCUUUAAAGGAGGCUCCGAAAGAGGCUGGGAGUUGCGAUGGGGCAGAGGAGGGCUUGAAAUCGUUGGACGCUUUGAACCAUCUGCAGGAACCAUCACUGGUCGACACUUCUUUGGUCGCAGAACCUCUCGGGAUGGCCGCUCAAGGAUGCCUUAGGGACAAAGAACGGUCCCGUGCUGAGCAAAAUAACCAUUUGCAUGACAAGGUUGAGCCCUCUUCUCAGAACUGCUGUUUAAGCUUGGACGCAGCAAGUGGAGACACACCAGCAGAUGACCUGUUAAGUCAGGGUUCUCCAUCUGUGGACGAGGGGAAGCUUAAGCCCGGGGCAAAACACGUGACUUUCCCUUCUGAUGAAGACAUCGUGUCUGGUGCUGUAGAGCCCAAGGACCCUUGGCGGCAUGCCCAGAAUGUGACCGUGGAAGAAGUUCUCACCGCCUACAAGCAAGCCUGUCAAAAGUUAAAUUGCAAACAGCUACCCAAACUACUGAAGCAGGUCCAGGAAUUUAAAGAUCUAACCCCUCGGAUAGAUUGCCUGGAUCUAAAAGGUGAAAAAUUAGACUACAAGGCUUGUGAAGCCCUGGAAGAGAUUUUUAAGCGCCUCCAAUUUAAAAUUGUCGAUUUGGAGCAAACCAGUCUCGAUGAAGAUGGUGCCUCAGCACUGUUUGACAUGAUUGAAUACUACGAGUCCGCCACGCACCUCAACAUCUCCUUUAACAAACACAUCGGCACCCGGGGUUGGCAGGCCGCUGCCCACAUGAUGAGGAAGACAAACUGCCUCCAGUACGUGGACGCCCGCAACACGCCUCUCCUGGAUCAUUCGGCCCCGUUUGUGGCCCGCGCCUUGCGCAUCAGCAACAGCCUGGUUGUCUUGCACCUGGAGAAUGCCAGCCUUUCCGGUCGUCCCCUCAUGUUACUGGCGACGGCUCUGAAAAUGAACAUGAACCUGCGGGAACUUUACCUGGCUGAUAAUAAACUGAACAGCCUCCAAGACUCAGCUCAGCUGGGCAAUCUCUUGAAGUUCAACUGUUACAUACAGAUCCUGGACCUCAGGAAUAACCACGUCCUGGACUCAGGAUUGGCCUAUAUCUGUGAAGGGCUGAAAGAGCAGCGGAAAGGCCUGGUCACCCUCGUGCUGUGGAAUAACCAGCUGACUCACACUGGCAUGGCCUAUAUGGGGAUGACAUUGCCUCACACCCAGAGUCUUGAGACCCUGAAUUUGGGACACAACCCGAUUGGCAACGAAGGCGUCCGCAACUUGAAGAACGGGCUCAUCAGCAACCGCUCCGUGCUACGGUUGGGCUUGGCUUCGACAAAACUGACCUGCGAAGGUGCGGUGGCUGUGGCGGAAUUCAUUGCGGAGAGUCCUCGCCUGCUUCGGCUGGACCUGCGGGAAAACGAGAUCAAGACGGGGGGACUAAUGGCCUUAUCCUUGGCUCUGAAGGUCAAUCAUUCUUUGCUCAGGCUGGACCUUGACCGGGAGCCCAAAAAGGAAUCGGUGAAGAGUUUCCUCGAGACGCAGAAAGCUCUCCUGACCGAGAUCCAGAACGGCUGCAAGCGCAACUUUGUCCUGGCCAAAGAGAAGGAAGAGAAGGAGCAGAAACUCCAGCAGUCGGCCUCCAUGCCCGAGAUUACAAUCACGGAACCUCUGGAGGAGGAGGAGGAGGCGGAAGAGGACGGGCAGAAUGGGGACGUGGUAUCCAGCCUAGAGGAAGUGGAAGAAGUUACCGAAGCCUUGAUACCCCGCGAGAAUGGAGCAGCGGAGCAGAGAGCGGCCAGCGGCAGCAACAACCUCUGCGAUUCUGAUUCAGACACCGAAGAGGAGGAAGAGGAGAAGGAGGAGGAGGAGACAUCGCAAACGAAGGCUUUCUCUCCGUCGGGACAACACAGCAAGCCCAACCACACUGAAGGACCCCUCAGGGUGGACUCUCUCUUGAAAGACCGGAACACCCUUGUCGCCGAAGACAAGGUCUCCCCUUCGAACGCCCCAGAAGGAGAAAUAAAAUGUGAAUCUCGAAUAGGAGCCACAAGCAGCGCGCCACUGCAGGUCCAUUCUCCUGGGAACGAGAAACGGAUAUCGGUUUCCAGUCCCGGCCGAGGCCACAAAAUUUUUGUGGUGACGCGGGUGGAGAGCUUGCCGGAGAAGGAGGAGGCAAGGGCAGCCCAGCAGAAGGCGGGCCCCGCAGCUCCGUCUGCACCUCCGUCGAGGCAGGCGGACUCUCUUCCCCCCGACCCGCCCGCAAAGACUGAGGGCUCGAAAGCAGAGACCUGUGAAACUGUGGCUGGACCCACAGCCAGCUUAGAAAACCCACCCCCUACGCCGAGUUCCCAUUCGGGCCUUGACAAAAUGAACUCUGGGUCCUGUGAGGACGCUGUCCACCUUACUCUGCUUCCUAACGGGGUCAAGACGGAAUUUCUUUGUAUGCUGCCAGACACCCCUUUAGGAUACGACGGGAAAAGAGCCAGCUGUGCUGUGGAGCAUGAGUUGAACUGUUCCAAAAACGAGAAGGAGCUGGAGGAGUUACUCUUGGAAGCAAGCCUAGAGAUGGGACAGGAACCAAUGUGACACUAUAGUUCUGGGCAGUCGCUGAGCAGCCGGUUGCUUUGGGGAAACACUAGCUUUACUCCUUGCCUCCACCGAGCAACCCCAAAGCGGACACUGAAAUACCGGGGCAACCGAAUGCCUUGUCCCUUUCCCAAAGAGCUUUUGUUUCCAGGUGCACCUCCCUCUCUUUCUCCCUCCUACCCUUUCCUUUCCCUCCCCCCCCCUUUUUUUUUUUUUUUUUUGGCAUUCUUGACGUCUUCCUCUGAGAAGAGACCCGCCGUCUCGUAGGACCGAUCCAGGAAAACCGGCAAAAGGGAGACCUCGAUCCGGAGAAGAAGAAGAAGAAGCAAAAAAAAAGCUUUUGUACUUGGGAGACCCAGGACGAACUCUCGAUACGAACGGCCUCGGUUUCUCCUUCUGGAACACUAGCCAAGGGCAUUUGCAAUGUUGUUGUUGGUUUUUUUCCCCCCCUCCCCCCUCAUGUUCCUUUCUUUCUUCCUUUGAAAGAUUCCCCCGCGAGUCAGAUUGAAUUUUUGUCGGCUCGGGACAUCCCGAACCGCUGCCGUCUGUUUUAAACUUUUAAACAAACCAAGGAAAAAGAAGUCCUGCAUAUGUUUUUGGCUUUUCCUGCAGUGCAGAUGUGACCAGGCUCGGUUCGGUUGCAGACCAAGGAGAGAGCUGUGACAGUGCUGAGUCAAGGUGGCAAAUUUGUCGUGUUGUCAUGCCCCCAUGCCGGAAAGACACACAUACACACACACACACACACACACACACACACACACACACACACACACACACAAACUUUUCUCACCUUAAGCAGGACGAUUUGGGCUGUUAUUUCUCAGCCCAGACUACUAUUUAUUUUUAUUCCUCUCUUAUCUCUUUAUCUACACACGCGUGCAUUCAUAUUUUCUUCCCUUCCUUUGUUGUGUCUCCAUGUUUGUUCUAUUUUUGGGGGGGUGGGGGGUGUUACGGUGUCUUAUUUAAAGCGGCACGUGAAGACUCUUGCCUCGAAGUCGGAGAGACACAGCGGCUUCCUUACAUUCUUUCCGUUCGUGAAAAGAAGGAGGAGAAGGAAGGUUUCCCUUUUUUUGGGAGGGGGUUUUUCAAUGUGGGGCGUUUGCCACCAGCCCCGGGACACCUGGUGCAUUGUGGGGGGGGGGAGCAAUUCCUUUCCCUCCAUUUGCCCGCAAAUGUGAAUACCCGUUAUCUCCACCGAGGCCGGCUUCUUCAAUUUAUUGUGAAAAGAAUCAAGUAGUUGCAUCUCUAGGGCGGUUCUUUUUCACCCGCGGGAAACAAUGGCUUAGGAAACUCUUCAACGGACUUUUUAAAAAACAAGAGUUGCAGAGAGGCCUGUAUUACGUAAGAGCGGUGAGAGGGGGCUCAUCCCGAGUGACAAAACUGACGUGAGAGCCCUUGUAUGGAUGCUGCUGGGCUCAGGGUAGUUUCACACCCCUCCCAUUCUUCCCGCCCCUCCCUCCACAUAUACACAGUGGUGGGAUUCAAAUAAUUCAAUCGGUUCUCUUUGGAUCUGCCCUAAUGACCAGUUGGCUAGGCGUGGCUCAGUGGUCGUGUGACCGUGUUGGUGUGGCCAACUCAAUGUCACUCACUGUUACAAUGUAAUAAGGGUUAACCAGAGAGGCAGUUUCUGUAAGCAGGGCAAUAAAGAUGAGGCUAGAAACGCCACCAGAAUGUUACCUUCCUGCCUGCCUUACAGGAUUAGCCCUGUAAAGUGGGAAAAAAACAAAAUAAGAUUUUCCCCCCCAACAAUCGGUUCUCUGAACUGCUUAGAGAGUUAACAGCCGGUUCUCCCGAAUAGCCGCGAACUGGCUGAAUCCCACCACUGGAUAUAUCCCCCCUCUCUUCAUUUCGCAGGCCUUUCCACAUUCUUCUUAAACAGAUGGAGGGUUGUUGUUUUUUUUUAAAGUUAGCUGCACCUCACCUGGGCCUUCCAAAAUUGCUCCUGUCUUUUCUCUCCCAGAGCAACAGGGAGUCCCUUCCCGGCUGAGCCAGAGUUUUUCUUAAAGGCUGGCCAAAAAACGUGGGGACGCUAAAGACUUGGGUUGGGGGGAAACAGGUGAAGCCGGGAAGAAGUUGUUUGCUGGAUGUUUUGAUUUCGGGGUGCUGCGACAAUCUCAGCAGGAAAGGAGGCGAAGACGUGGAUGACUUGUAGACGGAGAGUAUCCAACCAUGGCCAUUUGAAGACCCCGUGGACUUCCAACUCCCAGAAUUCCCCAGCUGGGGAAUUCUGGGAGUCGGAAGUCCGCAAGUCUUCAAAGUAGCCAAGCUUGAACAACCUCUGCUGCAAGACGGUGUUGUGGGGGAGGUUGGACAAUUUCUCAGGGAAGGCCUUUUCAAAGAACCCCCCCCCUCCCCCUCAAUAUGUUGAGCCCUUCGAGCAGAGCCAGAACCUCAAGGCUGGUGGACGCUCAACACGUGCUCCCCUUUUCUCCCAAUGGGAUCGAGCAAAAGAGAAGAGAGAUCCAGAAGUGGAGAAAAACCGGAGACCUUGGGGGUGGAUGUAGUCUCCAUGGGUCACUUCUCCCCCCACCCCCAUUGGAGCUCUCUGCCCAACCAUGGAGCCAACAAAGGUGCUCACUUGGGAUGAGCAGGCAUCUCGACGUGGUGGAUUUGAGGGGGGCAGAAAGGGCACCCAACCAGGCCAAAGUCCAGGUGGUUGGGCAUCCCAGCCACGGGAAGCAGAGACCGUGUGUCCUCUUAAAUCAAAAAAAUUAGACCAAAAAUCUGGAAAAAAAAAAUCAGAUUUUUAAGUCUCCAUCCAAACAGCUCCCUAAAGAAAAAG